AUGAACUCUACUAAGAAAACAUUUAAGGAAUCAAUUAAUGAAUUAAAAGAAACAGUUUUAGAUCAAUUAAAAGAAAGAGAAUCCUUUGAAGAAAGCAUAACAUUUGACAGAAAUCACUUAGUAGCUAAAGAACAUAUCUGGAAAGACUAUAAAACUCAAGUAGACUAUAGAAUACCAAGAUACUACAGAUCAAAUAGAAAACAAGUCUCAGAAGCAAAGACAUAUUACGACUGGUCAAAGAUAAUUGAAGAUAAAUUAAUUGAUAAUUAUGAUUAUAUUCCAACAGAAUAUAAAAGUAGAAGAAUAUAUUAUUACAAACUAAUAAGUCUCACACCAACUCUAGUAGAAAUAUAUAAUCCAGAAGAAGUAGAAUUAAAAGAAAGAAGUCCAAGAGAAAAAGAAAAACUUUCAAGAAAGAAAACAGAACCAACAUAUGAUAACUGUAUAAUCUGUAAUGAAUUUAGAAAAGUAAAUCAAGUAGAAAAAAUCUGUAAAAGUUGCAAGAUAACAAUUAAUAGAAAAGAAACUAAAAGAAGAAAUCAGGAAUUUCUAGAAUCAGUAAAAUUUCAACAAGAAACAAUACAAAACUGUGAAUAUUGUCUUGAAAGACAUAAAGAGUGUAUAAAGAAAGCAGAGAAAAAACCAGAACAAACUUGUAGAAACUGUACUCGAAGAAGCGAGAACUGUAAAACUAUUUUAAAGAAACAAGGAAAGAAAAGAAAUAGAGAAAAACAAAUCUUAGACAAAAAAAGAAAACCUAAGGAAAGAAGAUUUGAAAAGUGUAAAUUGUGUAGAAGACCACAAUUUCUAGAUUACAAAAACACUUGUAGAAAGUGCAGAUGUAUUAACUGUGCAGAAGAAGGAUUAACCUGUACAUCAGCAGAAAAACAAAAUUAUACAUCUUUAAGAAAAAGCUGUAAUAAUUGUUAUAUUAGAAAAAAGAAGUGUCAGAAAUCACUUACAGACAAACAGUAUCACUAUUGGAAGAAAGAAGAAAAAGAUUGUACUUACAAUAUUAAAACAAAGAAUCGACAAUAUUAUCAUAUGAUAAGAAAAUUGAAAUUAAUGAUAGUAUACUGGAAAAUUCUAUUAGAAAUAAAACGAGCAAUUCAAGAUUAUCAAUCUCAAAUAAUUACAGAAGAAAGCUUAAAAGAAAAGCUAAAUAAAAAUCUGAAAGAUUUACUAACAGGAACAUUAAGACAAUUAGUCUGUAACCUCUUUUAUACAGUAUUAGAAAGAGAAUCUAAAGAACUAACAAAAGUAGUUCAAGAAAUAGAUAGACAAACAGAACCAAGCAAAUUGAACAGUACAAGCGAUAAAUUAAGAAUAGAUUAUAUAAGAGCAAACAUAGAAUUAGGAAGAAUAACAACAUUAGAAAAUUUAGAUAGUUCAAUAACAGAGCAAAAGGAAUGUCUAAAAGAAAUUAUUACUGAAACAUAUAAAGAUAUUGAAGAACAACAGAAGGAUAAAUUAAAACAAUUAUUAGAAAAAUUAUUCCUAAUAAUAAGGAAAGAAUCAACCUUUAAUGGUCUAACAAGAGGAUUAGCAGAGAAAAUACUCAAGAUAAAAACAUGGAUUAAAGAAAAAAAAGAAUCCAAACAAUUUGAAGAUAUUGCAAAAGAAAUGAGCAUAAAUAGUAUCAUAGAUAAAAUGAUAUAUCAAGAAUUACAGCAAACAAUAGAAGAAAGCUUUAAAAGCAUUAAAGCUACAAUAAUAGUAGCAACAGGAGCAAUAGUAGUUGGAAAGACAACUGCAUUAUUAGAAAUAAAAGACUUCUUUAAGAAACAAGAAAUCCAAGAAUUCCAAAAGAAUUUAUUACAAUUAAAAAUAUUGGAAUUAGAAGAAAAAAUUGAUGAAAAGACAAUAAUACUCUUUGAUAGAGCACGAGAAUCUGAUAAACAAAUAUCAGAAGAAUAUCUAGUCGAUAUAUAUGACAGAUAUGAAGAAAUGAUUGAAAUGUCAGAGACAAAACCAACAACAAACAAAGAUUAUCAAGAAGAUAGAAUUAAUCAAGCUAACUUGGUACAAAUACCAACAUAUCUAUAUUGGGUACAACAUAAUGAAUUAACCCAAAUUAAGAAUAAUGAACCUUUAAAACAAUCAGACUUAGAUUGGUGA